CUUGCUUAAGUAGCGGAAUUUUUCUUGUAUACAUCAUACGUAUCUAUAUUUUCUAUAUGACAAUUUAAAAACAUGGCUACCAUAUGAAAAAUGGAUUGGUUGACGAAUCGCUGACUCGCAGAAACGUUUCUGGUAGUCUGGACCUAAAUCGAAGGACUCAUUAAGAACGCCAAAUAAUUCUCGGGAGUGAAAGCCGCGCGAAUUCGCAAUAGCACAGAUUCUAUGUUUCUCACGAGCGAUUAAUAUUCCGUUCUCUUCUAUUAUCUGGAAAGACUUGCUGCAAAACCGAGAUGCAAUUAAGAGAAUACUAAGAACUAGGAUGUGAAGAACUUUAGAAGAAGUUUUGUAAACUUUAUUGUUUGCAAGAAUAUUGAUUCCUGAUAAAUAUCCACAUGGAUACUGCAGAUUUUAAUACUAUUGUGCAUCACCCAAGAACCAUCAUCCACUUGGAUGUUGACUGUUUUUACGCUCAGGUAGAGAUGCUUAGGCAUCCAGAAUAUGAGGGAAAACCAUUAGGUGUUCAGCAAAAAAGUAUAGUGGUCACUAGCAAUUAUUUGGCAAGAGAAUAUGGAAUAAAAAAAUGUAUGCCAGUGCAAGAAGCAUUGCGUCUAUGUCCAGAAUUGGUCUUGGUAAAUGGCGAAGAUUUAACACAUUAUCGUCAUUAUUCAACUAAGGUAUUUGAAAUUCUGCAUCGAUUUACACCGUUAGUGGAGAGACUGGGCUUUGACGAUUAUUUUCUUGAAAUAAGAUCAACAAUGGAGAAACAGCUCAAGUCUCAGAAUGAUUCAGAGUUUGAUAUGAACAAUUUGCGCACAGACGAGGAGCUAAAGGAAUCGGAUAGUAAGAUAUUUGGACCUUCAGAUGAAGAAUGUCCAUGCGAUUGUCAUACACGCUUGAUGAUUGGCUCCAAGAUAGCAGCUGGAAUAAGGAAUCGUAUUUAUGAAGAACUACACCUAACUUGUAGCGCUGGAAUAGCACAUAAUAAGCUUCUGGCUAAAUUGGCAGGAUCAUUAAAUAAACCAAACCAGCAGACAUUAAUAUUUCCAUGCAGUGGUCCAAUGUUGCUCUCUACAAUAGGCUCUGUAUCCAAAAUACCUGGUGUUGGACAAAAGACUAUGGAAUUACUGUUGUCAAAUAACAUAAAAACAGUAGACGAUUUACGAAAAAUAUCUCUAGAAAAUCUGGAAUCGAAAAUUGGUGUUGAUUUAGCAAGAAGAUUGAAAGAUAAUGCAGAAGGGAUCGACGAGACAGUGGUAAAACCAUCUGGAAAGAAGCAAUCCAUAGGUUUGGAGGAUGGAUUUAAAAGUGUGUCCCUAGUGGCUGAAGUAGAGUCACGAUUAGGUGCGCUAUUGAGGAGAUUAACAGAAUUGGCAAUGGAAGAUGGUAGAAUUCCUAUUGCUAUGAGAAUAACAGUGCGGAAACAUGAUUUGAAAAAACCUACUUGCGGUAAGAGAGAGACCAGACAAUGCGCGCUGCCAAAACAUCUUUUACCGUCCACAAAAACCGGCAUGUAUGAUCAUAGUAAAAUGUUAACGCUCGCCAUGAAGCUAUUUCAUCGAAUAGUUGACGUUUCCAAACCAUUCCACUUAACAUUGUUGGGAAUUGCAUUUACUAAAUUUGAAGAAAGAUCACAUGGCAGGAGUAGCAUUACAUCCUUUUUGCGCAAGCAGGUCGCCGUCCAUUCCGUUUUAGAUAUCAAUUCUGAAGAAGGCAUUGCAGAAGUGAAUUUGGGAUCACCAAUGAGUAUCAAUCAAGACAGUAAUGAUAGCCUCGAUCAGUCAGCAGCGAGUGUGAUGAACACUUCUGCGUCAAGUCUCUCGUGCUCACCAAUUUCAAAAUUGUCAGGCGUAGCAAUUAGUCAAAAUACAGAGGACGAUUUGCAGAACGAGGUAGAACCAUUACCGAAGAAGACCAAGCUGGAAGUGUGGUUGAGCGGUCGUCGAGAAUCACCGAGUAACGAAAUGGCUGAUCUUAGACUAAGCCCAUCAUCGCCCAUGCAAUUGUCACCCACAGUGGAUACUACAGUUUUCAGGACUCUGCCCAUCGAAAGGAGAGAUGUCACGCGUUCUUGGCCGACAACCAGCAAACCAAAACCAAACAAUAUACUUAAAUAUUUCAUAGCCAAUAAGUGACAGAGCUUUGUAACUUAGUAUUGAAUGUCAUUGCUCUUAUAUAUGGGCUUGAAUUGAACAUUAAAUGCCAGCACCGAGAUGUGAGCUUUAGUUUUCAGUACUUUGAGUGCUAAAUUUUAAAAUAUAAAACGAGAAAAUAAUAUAUGUUACAUAUAGAAUUCUUAUACAGGUCUUCUGUUCUAAGUAAUACAACUUAAAAAUACUUGCAGUGUCCAAAAAUACUUGCAGAAAAUAUAAUAUUUUAUUUCAUUAAUAAUAAAAAAAAGGAAGUUUAUUGUAUUAUUAACAUUAAUUAAAAUCGAGUAUUGUGUGUAAUUGCACAAUACUUCUUAUUUUAGAUAAUUAUUUCGAAUAAUUCUUAUUUAACGCUCAAAGAUUAUGCUCUGAAAUUUUGACAUACAUUUAAAAAUCAUUCCAUAUAAAUUUAAUUUCUUUCUCUGACUUUGUCGUGCGCGUUUUAACUUCUCAAACAAAGUACAGUUGCAGAUCUUAUAUGACAAAAGACAUCUGUGUUCAAUUGCAUUUAACAUAUAUUUUCGUUCGUUUGUUUUUUAUAUAUAAUAUAUAUACGAUUAGAAGUUCGCGCGCGAUCAGCGAGAAUAUAGGUGUAAUGAUAGCAUAUAUGCUAGUUUUUUAGCAAUAGUUUAUAUUACUUUUUAUUUUUGAACAAUGAUGAAAAGUAUUGUGAUUACAUUUUGAGUUAUUUGUAGUUACAAUUAUUUUAUUAAUAUUAUUUUAUCAGAGAAAUAUACUUAAAAAAGCUAUUGUAACUCAUUCUUCAAUUUUUAUUUAUUCAAUAUUUUGUUUAUAUUGUAACUGAUAAACAAAAAUUGUUUAGAAGAUAAACUAUCAAGUACAAGGAAUAGAAAAUACUUCAAUUUUUACAUUUUUCAUUGCUUUCAUUGCUUUCAUGCUAUAACGCAAAAUGUGAGCUAUAUUCAUUUAGUAUUAUGUAAGUACAUGAUUUUCAUAUGAAUGUAAUACACAUAUUAAGACAAAUAUUUUUAAACAAAACUAUUACAAAAAGAAUAUAUUAUACAUUUAUCUUAUUUAUAUAACAAAGUUAGAAAAUGUAUUAAAGAAAUAUCAAGAUAUGCCUAUCAAUUCAUAUAUAAUUAAAAUAAGGUGCUGACAUUCGAUGUUGUGAUUCUCGAUGGAUAAAUAAUUUCAUAAAUUAACUUUCUAAGAAGAAAAUUCUCUCUAUUUUUAGUACUGUUAUAAAUGUUAUCUCAUAAUUAAGGAUCGAAAUCGAUAUAAUUUCGGCGAACUUAGUUUUUCAUGCUGCAGUACGCGAAAGACAGUCAUAUAAUCAGCUGUUGUAUUUCUAUUAUCGCGAUUAAAAACGGAUAUUUUUGCGUAGUCUGCAGUAUCGAAAUCUGAAGUUAGAUUAGUAAAUAAUAUCGUUUUCGAAAAAUACUGCUUAUAAUAUACGCGUCGCAUAUCAUGCGAGAAAUAUGGCUGGAAAGAAAUAUUCGGUUAUUCCCGUCAGGACUAAGUACUGGCGCGGAGCUUCAUUAAAAUAUAUAAAUGUAUACGUGUAAUUACUCACAUG